AAGGAAAGAGGCGGGGCUAAAGGGCAACUAAGUACCGGUGUCUGCGCGUGUCGGCUGGUGCGAGUGGAGCGCGCGGAGCUGCCUUUUAUUCACUCUGCUGCUGCCGCUGCCGCUGCCGCUGCCAUGCCGCCCCCGGGCCAGGUCCGGCUGCCGGACUGGGAUGCGCUGCGGCUCCGUGUCCGGACUCUGAUCCGCUCUCACCGGGUCGCGAUCUUCAGCAAGAGCUACUGCCCCUGCAGCACCAAGGUGAAAGAACUUUUUAAUUCUAUGGGAGUAGACUACUAUGCUUUGGAACUGGAUUUAACUGAUGAUGGACCCAAUAUUCAGCAAGUGUUAGUAGAAUGACUAGCCAGAGGACUGUGCCCAAUGUGUUUGUGAAUGAAACACACAUAGGUGGAUAUGAUAAAACUUUCAGGCUUACCAGAGUGGCUCAUUGCAGAAUGUGCUAGGGAAUUGCAGAGAUGAUGCAGAAGUUUAUGAUUACGAUCUUAUUGUUGUUGGUGGUGGCUCUGGCGGACUUGCAUGUUCCAAGGAAGCUGCUUAGGAAAAAAGGUCAUGGUGCUAGAUAUAUUGUACCAACACCUUCGGGUACUUCAUGGGGACUUGGUGGCACUUGUGUAAAUGUAGGCUGUAUUCCUAAGAAACUCAUGCAUCAAGCUGCACUUCUGGGACAGGCACUUCAAGAUUCAAGGAAAUUUGGCUGGGAGUAUGAUGAGCAAGUUAAACACAACUGGGAGACUAUGGUAGAAGCAAUUCAGAACUACAUAGGCUCUUUAACUUGGGGUUACAGGGUGUCCUUGAGAGAGAAGACUGUGACAUACAUCAAUGCCUAUGCAGAGUUCAUCGAACCACACAAAAUAAAGGCAACCACCAGGAAAGGACAGGAAACUUUUCACACAGCACAGACAUUUGUCCUAGCAACAGGGGAAAGGCCCCGAUAUUUGGGUAUCCCUGGGGAUAAAGAAUACUGCAUUACUAGCGAUGACCUCUUCUCCUUGCCUUACUGCCCUGGAAAAACUCUAAUUGUAGGUGCCUCCUAUGUGGCUCUGGAGUGUGCAGGAUUUCUUGCUGGCAUUGGUUUGGAUGUCACAGUUAUGGUGCGCUCCAUCCUUCUUCGAGGCUUUGACCAAGAAAUGGCAGAGAGAGCAGGUGCCUACAUGGAAACUCAUGGUGUUAAAUUCAUCAGGAAAUUUGUACCUACUCGGAUUGAAAGGUUGGAGGAAGGCACGCCUAGAAAACUAAAAGUAGUAGCACAGUCUACUGAGGGACCAGACGUUGUUGAAGGAGAAUAUAAUACUGUUUUGAUAGCUGUUGGUCGUGAUGCCUGUACCAGAAACAUUGGUUUAGAUAAGAUUGGUGUCAAAAUCAAUGAAAAGAAUGGGAAAAUACCUGUAAAUGACGAGGAACAAACCAAUGUGCCUCAUGUCUAUGCUAUUGGAGAUAUCGUGGACGGAAAACUUGAACUUACCCCAGUUGCAAUUCAGGCAGGCAAGCUUCUAGCUCGCAGACUUUUUGGGGGUAGCCUUAUAAAGUGUGACUAUGUCAAUGUACCAACUACAGUGUUUACUCCUUUGGAGUAUGGCUGUUGUGGAUUACCUGAAGAGAGAGCCAAUGAAGAAUAUGGAAAGGAAAACGUAGAGGUGUAUCACACUUUGUUUUGGCCUCUUGAAUGGACAGUACCCAACAGAGACAACAAUAUGUGCUAUGCGAAGAUAAUCUGCAAUAAACAUGACAAUAACCGUGUAGUAGGAUUUCAUGUUCUUGGACCCAAUGCUGGAGAAAUUACCCAAGGUUUUGGUGCAGCAAUAAAAUGUGGUCUCACGAAAGAAUUACUUGAUGAAACAAUAGGUAUACAUCCAACAUGUGCAGAGGUGUUCACUACAAUGGAAAUUACAAAAUCUUCUGGAAAAGAUAUCACUCAGGCAGGUUGCUGAGGUUAAACCCUGCUGUUUUUAUCUUUCUCUUGCCAUGUACGUUUCUCUUUGGAAGGCUUAAGAAGUAUGAAAUACACUUGAGUAAAAUAAAUGAAAGCAGCAGUAGCAUCAAACCUAUUGCAACUAGAAAUGAUGCAUUUCUUAAGUUUCCUCAGUAGAUAAUGUUGGCAAUGGAAAGAAUACAACAGCAGGGAAAACGCUAAUUAUAAAUCCCAACUUGCUUGGAAGUGGCAUGUAAGUGCUUUUUUGAAGUUUUGGCUCAGAGCCCCAUUCUGAGGUGAGCUACGACUGAUGACUGACUUCGCAAACUUAGGGAAACCUCUUUGUAUGGUCAGAAAACUGAGCUUCCUUCUGAAGGAGCUUUUGAGUUGCAUAAUUUAAUUUAAAGUUAACUCAUUGGGUUCCAGUGUUUUUUGUAUGAAUGCUUUAGACAUAAGGAUGACUGUAUAAUUGUAUUACUCUUGCCACCAGCUCAUUUUACAAUUCAUGUUGGGUCACUUCUUUGUGUUUGCAGUGACAAACAUGGAUUUUAAUGCUGUUCUUGACUUAAUUUUAAAAAAAUGGUCAUAAAUCAAAUACAGAUGCUAGGCAGUGUAGCUAAUGCACUCGCAUUUAACUUCUAAAGACCUGGCUCAAGUACCAAAUAAGUUACAGGUGAGAGAAUUUUGUGAUCUUUUUCUUGCUUCAUAGUUGCUUUGCUACCAUAACUAGUAAUAUCUUCCUGAAUCACAGGAUUUUAAUAGUAGGAAUCUUGUGGGUCAGAGCUGAAGUAUAUUGGAAAAAGCUCCUAAAACUUGUUUGUCCUUGACAUGUCUGCACUGAUUAGGCACACAGAUUGCAAGUUUAGUUUCCACACCAAUGUGUAAAAUACUACAUCAUGUAAAAGUAAUCUAACCUACAGUUCUGGCCUAUCUAUUAAAAUUGGAGUCUCGAUUACGGUUUUCUCUCCCCAUGUUAUCUGUUCCAUUAAUACAGUAGCUAGAGAAAUGGCUACACCACUAGGAACUAGAAUCCACUUUAUGAACUUUAAUGAACAAUUUACUACUACUUAUAUUUUGCAGCAGAGAACCGUGACUUGUGCUGUCAUGCCCUGUGUAGUUCCUGUAUAGUCAGCAGCUUGAAACUGUUCCCCCUUGUUCUCAUGUUAAUUUGGGGAAGGGUGUGCUUGAAUUUGGUGCUUCAGUUUUGUCCAAAGAUGUUUUGAAAGACUAUUUUGAACACUGUCUUAUAUAGUUUUUAACUAUUUAAUCUAUGGUGUAUCAUGACAUGUAAAGUUCAAUAAAUGAACAAUUGCAUAUGAUGUGUCAUAUACUUUGAUCAAGAUACAUUACAUUUAUAUGGCACUUGUCCUGAGUAGAAGGGGUUGUGUAUCUUAAGCUUGUUUAGGAGCCAGUGAACUAGGUCUCUUGACACUUCUGGAAGAUUUUUCUUAAGCAGUUACAGAUGCAGUCAUAUUUAUUACUCAGUCUGUGUACAUGGAAGGACCUCUCUUUGCAUACUAAAGUUUAGUGGAGAAGAACACAACACAUCAAUUUGGUACCAAGAACUGUAUGCACUUCAGGAGGAAGAACUAAGCAUAACUUUGGCAAUUGAAAACUGCAGAAAUGUUAGGUAUAUAAAAUAUAUGCAUAAGGAAUUUGACCAGUUUUUUAGCAUCAACGUUUGUUGCAAAAGGUGCUAGAAUACUAACAGUUCUUGGUUUUCUUAUCACUUGGGAUUGACUGUGGGGAUGGGAAGCACACUACAGUGCCCACAAAUGCCAUAAAGCGCUAGCUAUUAUUAAUUCAAAAAUAGGAUGGUCUACUGAAUUUAACAGUACCAUCUUCCUGCAGAACUCUCUGGCCUUUCUUUUUCAUUUCUCCCAUAUCAAUAUUGCCCAAGCCCAACCCUACUUGAAAGUUUAGAUCACUGCUGAAGUGAUGAUUGCAAAGUAUGUACUAGAAACAUACUGAGCAUAAGUCUUGUCUGGGCAGCCUUACAUGGAUAACACAUAUGCAGGGGUUAUCCGUGCUUUGGAUCACUCAGUUUUAACAACUUAAAAGGGGACCAAUGAAAUUAUACAUUGGUUUGUGUGGAGCAUGUGCUUGGAUGAAUUGAGUGGCAAUAUAAAUUCUAAUUUACAACCAGACAGAAGAUCUAAGAAUGGAGGAGCAAGCAGAAGAAACAGAUUCCAGAAGUUACUACUCUUAAAUAUCAUGAUUUGAUAAGUAGUAAAUGACAGCAUAAAUUGCUCGGGUCACAUGUUACAUUAUGAUUUUAUUUAUAGUUUUAUAAAAGGUUAAUUAUUAAUAGAUGUAUUGUCCUGGUGGACUCUAGUCAUAAGCAACCUAUUGUUAAGAUCAAAUGUACAAGCACGCUGUUUAUAAACUCUUACCUAUGUCUGUAACAUACUUAUCAAUCUAUUAUAAACUAUGGCCAAUACUUGUAUAGUUAGCCUCUACAUAUUAACUGAAGAGGUUGAGAAGUAUACAAUAAAUAGUUUGCGCAAAGAGGAAUGUUAAAAAUGGUAUCAAUCUGCUCACAAGGAACAUUCUGCUUGUAGCAGUUCAUCAGUGGCACUUAUCUUUAAAGCAGAGAUCAGAAUGGCAGCAAGUUUCAUUGUAAGCAAAAGAGAUCAGGCUUGCAUCAAAUGUGAUUGUGUAAAAGAAUUAGGAUUUGAGAAAUAAAAACUCGGUCAUUUUGCUGAGCUUGGUGUUAAUGGGCUUGUUGGUCUUCAACCUAAUUAUCACCAGAACUGGUGUACCAUUCUCUGCCUCAGCAUUUUCCUUUAACAAGCUUUGUUUUACUUUUCCUGGAUGUUGCAUGGCAGCUCCUGAGCCUCUGAGGAGAGGAAAUAUCAGACUGGUAGCAGCAUAAUAUCCUCAGCAGGCCCUUCUUUCCAGCAUCAGGAUCCUCAUCCCUCAUAACCAGGAUCUCUCAGGCAUGCUGUCUGUUAGGAAGCAUCAUGAAAGACAUGGCAAGUAGGGAUUGUGAGUCACUGCACUAUUGUCAAAAUACUCUAGUGGCAGGUUUGGGAGCUUCACGUGUGCUCUGCUAGAUUACAGAACUGCAUCUGGAAUGAAUUAAAGGCUUUGAUGAAGCCUGAUUCCCUCAGAGAAUUGAAUUGGGUACCUGCUAAAUCCUCCGCUUUUGUUGACAUGUCUGUAGCUCCUAUUCCUCUCAAGUACUAGGUAUCCUACAAUGGAAUGCUGCACUUCACUGCUGGAGCAUAUCACAGAUAAAUUACAGACAUGACUGCAUUAAUAUGAGCAACCAAAGAUUUCAGCAUAGUCCGGGAAUGUGGGUCAAAUAGGCCUGUCUCUUCUCAUGCCAGGUAAACAAAGGAUUCUAAGUACUAGGUACUUUCUCUUUAUAUUCUGUGUAAGCACAGGAUCUAAAAAGACUGUUUAACACCAGUGGCAAGUAUUUUCCUUGUUUUGAUGGCAGAAAAGCCUGUCCAGACAAGCCUCUAUUCAUGUUUGUGUCUUGAGGUUUCCUUUGGUAAGUUGAUGAUGGAGUCUGCUUUUUU